ACAGGACAGCAGCGGCGGAGGCAGCAGCACAGACUCGACUGGCUCUCCAGGCUGAGCUGAGACGCUCUCACUCCGCAGCGAUGGCACCUACUGCUUAUGGACAAGCAAGCAAGGAGCACCUGCCUCCUGCGCACAAGCUGAGAAAGCCCAUGGUGGAGAAAUUGCGCCGGGACCGCAUCAACACCAGCAUCGAGCAGCUGAAAUCCCUCCUGGGCCCCGAGUUCCUCAGACAGCAGCCGGACUCGAAGCAGGAGAAGGCCGACAUCCUGGAGAUGGCGGUGGCGUAUCUGAGAAGCUGGCAGCAGCGGAAGCUGCAGCAGCAGGAGGAGCAGAGCCUCCUCACCUCCGGCCCCGUAACGGCCUGGGAUGGCUACUCCCGCUGCGUCCAGGAGGCCGUCAGCUUCUUGUCCCGCUGUGAGGUCCAGACUCAGGCCCACAGACUGCUCCUCAGCCACUUCCAGGGUCUGCAGGCAUCCAGCAGGAACAGUCUGAGCCCCUGCAGCCCCUCGCCCCCCGGCUCUCCCCUCCAUCAGGUCAGCUCCAGUAAGGGCCUGAGGCCGAGCGGCAGCGCCCUGUGGAGACCCUGGUGAAAACUUCUAAAACGGGGCGAGGGAACUACGUCUGUGAACGUCAUGGACAGAAAGUAUAAGACUUCCCGGAGUGUAAUCUGGUGUAACUUGGCACAAGUAUGGCUCUAUGUAGUUAAGUUGUGCCGGCAUCCCUGUGGGAGGACUGAAAGCGUUCAGGUUUUACUGAAUAUUCAUGCAAUGUGUUUUCAUACUGCACAUCUUCUCAAAAAAUAUUCUGUGAUUAUGUUCUCUGUUCCUGCGAGGAACACCGAGCCGUCGCCGUAUUGUUUGAACCACGUUGGUUUUUAAACUCUUAAAUGUCCGCGACAUUAGUUUGAAUGAUCUGUGCAUUGAUGCUGAGUAUCAAUCUUGCAGCUGAUGAAGUUAUAACGAGCCAUGAAAUGAUCCAGUGGAUCCAUGUUUACUGUAAUCCUCUUGGGAUUAGAACACUUUUAUUUGUAACCAUUGUUUGGUUUUUAUUGUGAAUGAGUGUAAAUGGAAGUCAUAUUUCCUAUCUGCUCAUGAUGUCCAUAAUAGAUGUUUUUCAUCUUCUACUUAACGCCUUUUAUAAAGGUCUUUUACUCCAGGCUUUACUGAAAGCAUCUCUUGUACUGCUUCCUUGAGAAGUUUGUCUUUGAAACUGUAAAAAAAACGAUGAAUAAACUUCUGAUGGAGUUUUAAACACAAAAACA